GUGGAAUGCAAUAUGGCGGAUAAUCUGCAGUCAGGUCCCCUUACGUCAGAGGAACUGUCUCAAAAAGACGGGAUGAAUCUCAUAGCAAAUGAUACAAACCCUUUGAUAAAAGACAAGAGUGAACAAGCUGAUGGGGAUGAAGAUAGAGAUGAUUUUUUUAAUCUGGACUUGGGCGAGCUAGAUCUUACAUCUCAAGACGAGUUUAUCUUUGACGAAGUAAACGAGCAUAUUCAAGCCAACUUAGAAGACGAAUUGGUUAAAGAAGCCCUGAGAAGGGUGUUGAUUUAAGACAAUAUUCCAAGCAAAUUGAAAAUGAUCUUUGGGUUGUUGAGAAUUCCUCCAUAGAGGAUUACAUCAAAGAAAGUGAGAACAUCGCAAGUUUACAUCAGCAAAUUACCGCAUGUGACACAAUUCUUGAAAGGAUGGAAAGUAUGCUAACAAACUUUCAGCAUGAUUUGGGGAGUAUAAGUUCAGAAAUUCAAACUCUACAAGAACAGUCAAUGUCAAUGAACGUCAAACUCAAGAACAGACAGGCUAUACGCGGUGAAUUAAGCCAGUUUGUUGACGAAAUGCUAGUCAGUGAGGCUAUGAUCAAGCAUAUCACAGAGUCUCCAGUCACAGAUCAAUCGUUCAUUGAGAAUCUUCAUGAGUUGGAUCACAAGAUCAACUUCGUCAAAGAACAAUCGUUCAAUGAUUACAAAUGUUGUAGUGAUGUGAAGGAUAUUUUAGAUAAAUUGAAAGUUAAGGCAGUUCAAAAGAUCCGUGAUUUUAUCCUACCAAAAAUUUAUGUGUUUCGAAAACCAUUGACAAACUAUCAAAUUCCACAAACUGCUCUUCUCAAACACAGAUAUUUCAAUGAAUUCUUGAUGUCAAACCAUCGUCAUGUGGCCAGAGAAAUCAAAGACGAAUACGUCGACACUAUCAGUAAAGUGUACUUUUCUUACUUUAAGGCCUACAUCGCUAAACUAGCGAAACUUCAUUAUGAAGAAGUUCCAGACAAGGAUGAUUUAAUGGGAGUUGAAGAUAAUGCACGAAAAAGUCUAUUUUCUUCCCGCGUGGCUCUCCGAAAUCGAUCGACAAUUUUCACUUUGGGUAACCGUGGCAACGUGCUCACGUCAGAACUUGAAGAUCCAAUCAUAGUACCGCACGCUGCGCAAAAGAACGAACGAAAGUAUCCAUUCGAAUCGUUGUUCCGUAGUGAGCACUAUGCUUUAUUGGACAACAGUUGCCGCGAGUUUCUUUUUCUUUGUGAUUUUUUCAACGUCCAAGGAAAUCCUGCAAAAGAAUUUUUUUCCGCGGUGUUUGGAAAGAGUAUUACAUUACUAAUGAGAUACUGGGAUACAUACCUACAGUCUUGCUACGAUGCCAUCGGUAUAUUUUUAUGUAUGCAUAUCGUUCAUCGAUACAGAAUCCUAAUGCACAAGAGAACUGUUCCUGCUCUGGAUAAAUAUUGGGAUACGUUAUUGGAAAUGUUUUGGCCUCGUUUUGAGUUCGUCGUUCAACAGAACAUCCACAGCAUUCGGACGAUUGAUCCUCAAAGGAUGUCUACCAUCGACGUUCAACCUCACUACAUCACAAGACGCUAUGCCGAAUUCUCGGCUGCAAUCGUGAGCUUGAACGAAAGCUUUCCGGAUGAAAAGGUCAAUAGACUUUUGGCAUUGUUGCAAGACGAACUUCAGCAGUUUAUCCUUCGAAUGGCGGCAGAAUUUCCUCAUCGCAAAGAACAAUUGGUUUUCCUUAUCAACAAUUACGAUAUGAUGCUGGCUGUCUUGAAGGAAAGAACAUCCGAAGAUUCCCAGGAAAAUGAAAGUUUUCAGCAGUUGUUGAGUUUGAGGAUUCAGGAAUUUAUAGCAGAAGUUUUGUCUCCCGGGUUCGGUGGUAUGAUUGCAUUUGUUAAAGAUACAGAGCCGCUGAUUGAACGACAUGAAAAUAUUGAGGUUGAGGAGAGACGCAUUGCUCAGAUUGUACGUGGUUUUGCCGCAGACUGGAAACGAGGCAUCGAAAGUGUUAAUCACGAGAUUAUGAGAUCCUUUCCAAAUUUGAAAAACGGAACAGCAAUUCUGCAAGCAGCGUUGACAGAACUUAUACAAUACUAUCAUCGCUUUCAAAAAGUUCUUUCCCAAGCCCCUUUUAAAAAGCUGGCAGUUCGCAGUGAACUUAUUAAUAUACAUCAUGUUAUGGUUGAAGUGAAGAAACACAAGACGACAUUUUGACAUGUAUGUUUACGAUUUAUGCUUUGUAUAAAAAUUAUUCGCACAAUAAGCUGUCAAUAUUUUUGGAAAUCUGUUUAAUCGAAUUAGCACAAAACAUUUACAAUUCAUUAUGCUUUUUGUGAAAGCAAAAUUCCACACUAGUGCAUAUAUAUUUAUACUUAAGUUCUUCAUUAAAUUAACUCUCCUAUAA